AUGGCACUCAAAAGACUUGUCGGCAUUGAAAGGAAGAUGAGACGGGAUGACAGCUUUGCACGGGCCUACAAGUCGAUCAUGGAGGACUACGUCAACAAGGGUUACGCACGACGCCUGGAGCAGCAGGAAGUGGCAGCCGAUAACCGGGACAAGAUCUGGUACCUGCCGCACUUCGGGGUCGAGAACCCAAACAAGCCCGGAAAGAUCCGUCUAGUCUUCGAUGCCGCAGCCAAAGUGGGCAAUACAUCUUUGAACUCAGUUCUACUCAAAGGCCCACAACAGUUCAAGUCCCUGCCAGCCGUGCUCUUCCAUUUCCGGGAAGGAGCAGUCGGGGUCUGCGCAGACAUAAAGGAGAUGUUUCAUCAGGUGCUGAUACAGCCCCAGGAUAGAUGCGCCCAGAGAUUCCUGUGGAGGAAUGGAGAUGACCGGCGAGAUCCAGAUCUGUUCGAAAUGGUUGUGAUGACGUUCGGAGCCGCUUGUUCGCCGUGCUCAGCGCAUCAUGUGAAGACCAUAAACGCUUCAAGAUACGCCCAAGCAGAUCCUCGCGCGGUUCAGGCCAUCAAUGAGUAUCACUAUGUAGAUGACUACGUGGAUAGUUUCUCGGACGAGAAAGAAGCUAUCGCUGUAUCAGAACGAGUAAGGAAAAUUCAUGCUGAGGCCGGUUUCGAUUUGUGCCGCUUCUCAUCAAGUUCGGAAAGUGUGGUCAAGGCUUUGAACCCACUAGGAUCCAAUAAGAACGUUGAAUGGAAUGAAGCGGAGGAGAAAAUAUUAGGCAUGUACUGGCACCCAGCGACGGAUGACUUUAAAUUCAGCGUAAAGUACCACAGGGUUCCCAGCAGCGUGAUGACCGGAGAACGUGCACCCACCAAGAGAGAAUUCCUAAGUCUGGUUAUGUCAACAUUUGACCCGAUAGGAUUCUUGAGCUGCUUCAUGGUAACCGCCAAACUAUUGAUGCGUGAGAUUUGGCGGAGAGGAGUUCAGUGGGACGAGCCGUUGCCGGAUGAGUUAGCCAAAGCGUUUGAGAGCUGGAGGCUGGAAAUGGAUUACGUGAGAGAUUUCCGCUGUCCACGCUACUACUUUGGCACGGGAUGCGUACGUGAACUGCAGCUACAUGUGUUUGUGGACUCCAGCCAAUCGGCGUUCGCAGCAGUUGCAUUCUGGAGGGCGACUUAUGACAACGAUGAUGUGCGGUCCUAUUUCGUGUGUUCCAAAACGAAAUGCGCCCCGAUGAAGACGAUGACGAUCCCGCGCCUGGAGCUCCAAGCAGCUGUAUUAGGAACCAGGCUGAUGGACACCGUAAGACGAGAGCACGACGUAUCGAUCAGCAGAUGCGUGCUAUGGACUGACUCUAAGACCGUGCUGCACUGGAUAAGCAGCACCCACCGGCGGUAUAAGCAGUUCGUUGGAAACCGGGUGGCGGAGAUCUUAGAGUCAACGGAGGUGUCUCAAUGGAGGUGGAUACCGUCUGCCGAAAACGUGGCAGAUGACGCGACGAGGCCACAGCGCCAUGUGGACCUCAGCCAAGGGGCAAGGUGGAUGAGCGGGCCAUCAUUUCUGCGGGAGUCGGAAGAACAGUGGCCCAAGCCAUCUCCAAGUGAUCGCGACAGUCCACACUCCGCAGAAGAAGAGAUGCCGUGUGAGUUUACACUGGUAAUUGCCAACGAGUUUAUAUUUUUGCAGAGAUUUUCGAAUUAUAAUCGAUUGGUCAGGACCACAGCGUGGAUCCUCAGGUUCAUACGACGGUGCCGUGGAUUGAGUGACGAGAGUGAGGCCUACGGUAUUACAGCUACUGAGUGCGCGGAGGCAGAACGGAAACUGAUCCAGCGCGCCCAGGCUGAUACGUUCGCAGAUGAAGUUCAAGGAAAGGCAGUGGCGAAAGGCAGUCAGUUACGAGGACUAUCCCCUUACGUCGACCACGAUGGAAUCAUACGAGCGCGUGGACGGAUUGAUGCCGCCGAAUGCGUCCCAUUCAACGCACGGCGCCCGAUCAUACUGUCGCACAAACACGCACUGGCAGAGAUGAUAGUUCGUCACUACCACAGGAAGAUGAAGCACCAGAAUCUAGACGCGACCAUAAGCGAGAUCCGGACCAGGUUCUGGAUAACCAAUUUAAGGAGAGUUUUACGGAGUGUUAUGGCAACCUGUAACUUGUGCAAACUCCGGAGAGUACGACCAAUUCCGCCAUUGAUGGGUCCGUUGCCAGAGGACCGGCUGGAGCCGAAUGGAUGGCCAUUCAAGUAUACUGGCUUGGACUACUUUGGUCCGCUGUUUGUGACGAUUGGACGUCGCACUGAGAAGAGGUGGGUCGCACUCUUUACUUGUCUAACCACCAGGGCUGUCCACCUGGAGAUAGCCCACGAUUUGUCAACAGAUUCCUGCAUCAUCGCUAUGAGGAAUUUUAUGUGCCGCCGUGGACCGGUGGUCAGAUUGAGGAGCGACAAUGGAAAGAACUUUAUUGGAGCAGAUCGUGAGGCCAGAAAGUUCGAUGAAGUCUUCGAACCAGAAAAGAUCCAGGAUGAGCUGUCAUCCAAAGGAAUCGAAUGGAUCUUUAACUGUCCCGCGAACCCAGCUGCCGGCGGCAUCUGGGAAAGGAUGGUCCAAUGUGUGAAGAAGGUGCUCGCGCAUACUGUGAAGGAGGUGGCUCCUAAGGAACACGUCUUGGAGAGCUUUCUUAUUGAGGCGGAGAAUAUUGUUAAUUCUCGUCCGCUUACCCACCUUCCAGUCACUGUGGAUCAGGAGGCACCGCUAACGCCCAACGAUCUGCUAAGAGGAGUGGCUAAUGUUCCGGACCUUCCUGGAGAUCGCGGAGAGCAGCCUGUCAAGUGCGCUACUAGGGAAGCAGUGGCGUAUCGCACGGAUGAUGAGAGACAGAUUUUGGAAACGUUGGGUACAUGA